AUGUAUGAUACGUGUAAGAGUUUAUACAGAUGUGUAAUAAAAUCAUGCAAUAAAACUUUUAAUGUGGACAAGGAAGCUAAAUUAACUGUACUCAAUGGUGUGAAGAAUAUGAUCAGAGAACAAGUAAAAAUAAAAGAAGAAAAAGAUAUAAAACAACAAUUAAUUGAAGCUAAUGAUUUUAUUAAAUAUCAUAUUAUUCAAGCAGUAUAUAAUAAUUCCACGGGAAAUUACAAAGUUGAGUUGAAAAAAGAACAAGUAGAAAAAGGGCCUAUAACACUAGGAACGAAAUUCGAAAAAAAAUUACCAUUUUUAAAUGACACAACUGAUAUAAAAUAG